UCCAAGCGCCCAGCCGCGGGCCUGAGCAACGACACUCGGGGCCGAGGCGGAGCCGCCGCCGCGCCGGGGCCCAGCCGUCGCCGUCGCCACCGUCCUCGCGCGCCCGCCCGGCUUGGGCCGACCCGCCGCGGCGCGGGAGACGAGCCGGCCGUCCCGGGCCGGGGGACCCGCCCGCCAUGGCCACCAAGGCUCGGGUUAUGUAUGAUUUUGCUGCUGAACCUGGGAAUAAUGAACUGACGGUUAAUGAAGGAGAAAUCAUCACUAUUACAAAUCCGGAUGUGGGUGGAGGAUGGCUGGAAGGAAGAAACAGCAAAGGAGAGCGAGGGCUCGUCCCCACAGACUACGUAGAAAUGUUACCUAAUGAUGGAAAAGAUCAGUUUUCAUGUGGAAAUUCAGUGGCUGACCAAGCUUUCCUUGAUUCCCUCUCAGCAAGUACAGCUCAAGUGAAUUCGGCAGCCUCCAACAGCAGCAACCAGGUCAGCAGUGGCAAUGACCCUUGGUCAGCCUGGAGCGCCUCCAAAUCUGGGAACUGGGAUGGUUCAGAUGGCUGGGGGGCCAAGCCCGAGGGGACUGGCCCCCAGAGAAACUCUGCCAACAACUGGGACUCUGCCUUUGGCCACCCCCAAGCUUACCAAGGACCAGCAACUGGUGAUGACGAUGACUGGGAUGAAGACUGGGAUGACCCCAAGUCCUCUUCUCCUUACUUUAAGGACUCAGAGUCAGCGGAAGCAGGUGUCCAGCGGGGAAAUAGUCGUCCUGGGGCCUCCUCCAUGAAGCUGCCACUUAACAAAUUUCCUGGAUUUGCAAAACCUGGAAUGGAACAGUAUUUGUUGGCCAAGCAACUAGCAAAACCCAAAGAGAAAAUUCCCAUCAUCGUUGGAGAUUAUGGCCCGAUGUGGGUUUAUCCUACCUCUACAUUUGACUGUGUGGUAGCAGAUCCCAGGAAAGGCUCCAAAAUGUAUGGUCUGAAGAGCUACAUUGAAUAUCAGUUAACACCUACUAACACUAAUCGAUCUGUAAACCACAGGUAUAAGCACUUUGACUGGUUGUAUGAACGUCUCCUGGUUAAGUUUGGAUCAGCCAUUCCGAUCCCUUCUCUUCCAGACAAGCAGGUCACAGGUCGCUUUGAAGAGGAAUUUAUAAAGAUGCGCAUGGAGAGACUUCAGGCUUGGAUGACCAGGAUGUGCCGGCACCCAGUGAUCUCCGAAAGUGAGGUCUUCCAGCAAUUCCUAAACUUCCGAGAUGAGAAGGAAUGGAAAACUGGGAAGAGGAAGGCUGAGAAAGACGAGCUGGUGGGAGUCAUGAUAUUUUCCACCAUGGAACCAGAGGCACCUGACUUGGACUUAACAGAGAUAGAACAGAAGUGUGACGCGGUGGGGAAGUUCACCAAGGCCAUGGACGAUGGCGUGAAGGAGCUGCUGACCGUUGGCCAGGAGCACUGGAAGCGCUGCACCGGGCCAUUACCCAAGGAAUAUCAGAAGAUAGGAAAAGCCUUGCAGAGCUUAGCAACAGUGUUUAGUUCCAGCGGUUAUCAAGGUGAAGCAGAUCUCAAUGACGCAAUAACAGAAGCAGGAAAGACUUACGAGGAGAUCGCCAGUCUUGUGGCAGAACAGCCAAAGAAAGAUCUCCACUUCCUCAUGGAAUGUAAUCACGAGUAUAAAGGCUUCCUUGGCUGCUUCCCGGAUAUCAUUGGUGCUCACAAGGGAGCAAUAGAAAAAGUGAAAGAAAGUGAUAAGCUAGUUGCAACUAGUAAAAUCACUCCACAGGACAAGCAGACCAUGGUGAAGCGAGUCGGCACCAUGUCUUAUGCUUUGCAAGCUGAGAUGAAUCACUUCCACAGUAACCGGAUCUAUGAUUACAACAGCGUCAUCCGCCUAUACCUGGAGCAACAAGUACAGUUCUAUGAAACAAUUGCAGAAAAGCUGAGGCAGGCCCUCAGCCGCUUUCCGGUUAUGUAGAACAGAGUGGAACAUGAAGAAGACUCCGAAGUGCUUCCUUCUGACUUGGGGCAAUGCAGUUCAAAGUUUAUUUUUUUUCUCCAUCAUCAGAAAAAAAGAAAGAAAACCAAAAAGAAAUAAGAGUUGGAAAAAGCUGUUUUCUCUAUUAACCAGCCUGAAUGCACUAUUAUUUAGGGUUGGUCUUCUUUUGUUUAUUUCUACAUUCAUUAUUUAAACCAAUGGAAAUCGUCUCUAUUUUUGAAAAGAACUUAAAUUUAUUAGGAUUUUUGAAUGGAGAAUUAGGGGCUCCCCACUGAUAUUUUACAUAUAAUCGUAAUUUAUACAUUACCCAUGAUCUUCCGGUUCUUACCCAAUGUCAGAUAAUUAAUUACUAAUUGCUUUCUUAAAAAUAUGAAAUAUUCCAGAAUAAAAAGACACAUGUUUAUAUAUUUUUAUAACUCCUUGGUCCUCUGGGGUUCCUCUCUGUUCAGGAAGAUCCGCACACCAUUCACUGCGCCAGUGCUUCUGUCUCAGGAGGGAGAGAGCCCAGGGCUCUGGGCACCUCGCCCUGCAUGUGCUGCAGGGGCCAUCUCGUGUCCCCUUGGUGGGCACAGUGGGCACACAGCAAGUGCACCUGCCUGCUGCUCUUCCGUGGAAGACAGUGCUCCCUCUGUGCCCUGCUUCCUGAUCCUGGGCAAGGCGUGUUUAUGCUAGAAAGAAUACAGCAGAAAGGCUGAAAGACCUUUUAAAAAGGCUUUAGCCCCGGGCUGGUGGCCGUUCUGACUCCUGUGCCCAGGAGCACCGGGGGAAGAGCAUCCUCCAGAGCUGCCGCCCCUCCCACUCCUGUCCCUCCACUCGCCAUCAGAGGGAAGAAGUGCUGGGAUGGCCUGAGGUGCCACGUGAUUGCCAUGUGGGCAGGAGGCCAGUCGAGGUUCUCUGAAAAGAUGGAAACCAGAGUUUAGUGCCUGGCCCCUCCCCACCAAAUGGGAGAGUUUGGGGACUGAGAUGGACGGCAGCAUGCCCAGUGUGCAGGAAGGUGCUGAUGAGAAGCCCGAGCGACACCUGUCUUGACUGCCCAGCCUUCCUGGUCACUGAUACUUCCAUUAAGGGCACCAGGCAAAAAAGUCUCGACCUGCUGACCGCUGAUUAGCACCCGCAGGCCGCCCGCUCCACUGUUGCCUUACCACCUCAUCUGUCACCGUCCCUGCUCUGACCCAGUGAUUACAGAAAUGGAAAGUCAGCAGCAAAAACAGGAGAAACCAAAGCAGUAGAUGAGGACAGUAGUCACCUGAGAACCUCCCGCUCUCCAGCAUCACGGGUCUGUCACUGUUUAUAAGUAAUUCUCCCCACCUGACUUUUCCCCUCUAAAAUCCCACAGAACAGUGUUUAUGAUACAGCCAUUUAAUAUAUGUACAAACUGUAAAGAAUAUGUAUAAAUAUUUUACACAAAUGUAAGCAUGUAGAAGCCAACAUAUAAAUAAAUUGUUUAAAAACUGUA